ACUGCCUUCAAUGGAUCUGGAGGGCCAACAGAUUCUGCGAAAACCCAAAUCACAAGUCACCUUCGCAGCUUCCUGUGUUUGUUGGAUCUGAACAUGUUGCUGACCAUCAGAGACUGCACAGUCCACGAGGCCCGCAGAACAAACCCCAGCUGGCAGAUGAGUGUCUACAAGCUGCUGGCUUUCCUCGCAAUCCUUUUUCGAAGGGCUGCCAUGGGUUACAUUGGUCCCAUGCGACACAUGUGGGCCAAUAAAUUCGGAAUCGCAGAUAUCAUAUCCAUAAUGCCUCAAGGAGAGAGGUUGUCAGAGAACGUUGUUCUGAAAUUGAUGGAACCAUUUUUGGACAAGGGACGGACUGUAGCUAUGGACAAUUUCAUCACCUCUCUGUCUUUGGCUAACAGGCUCCUUCAGCGAAAUACAACUCUGCUUGGCACCAUCAACAAAAUUCGUCGGGAGCUACCAGCAACUGCAAAGGAAACCUCGGGGCGCCAGUUGCACUCCACACAGGUGUUCAAAUCUGGAAGUGCCUUGCUGACGGUGUAUGCGACAAAAAAAAAGAAAUCUGUCUGUCUUCUGAGUACCAUGCAUCACAAAGUGGAAAUUGUGGACAUUCAAAAACAAAAAACAAACACUGUGGUUGAUUACAACCAUCUCAAAUGUGGUGUUGACCAGAAACUGCGCAACUACUCUGUGCGUGCAGCAACACGGAGGUGGCCCAUGGCUGUGUUUUAUAACCUGCUUGACAUGGCCGCCACAAAUGCACAUGUUUUGUACACAGCGUGUACAGGAUCCAAAGAAAGUCGUCGACUGUUCAUGCUUGAGCUUUCAGAAGAACUCAAAAACAGGUUCCUGCAGGAAAAGACACAAGAGGAACAGCAAAAACAGCUACGUUGUGAGAUGAGAGUUUCCCAGCAGAAAAAGACUCAAUGCCAGGUGCGCAUACUCUGCAAUAAGAACAAAAGUACUGAACGUUGUGUCCACUGCGGCAAAUUUACCUGUGGCAAAUGUAGGAAAGGCUCACCAUGGGAAUGUGGAUACUGCUAG